CAGAACACUCAGCCUGUGCAGCGCUCUGCCCAGAUGCCCACUUCAGUCCUGGGGACAAGGCUGCUGCCCCCCUCACUGGGAACCACCCUCAGCCACCAGGACCUACCUGCCCAUGGGGUGGCUGAGGCCGAUGACUGGCUGAAGUGGGACUGCAGAGGCCAGGGCCCUUCUCUCACUGUGGGAUGGCGCUCAAAGACCACCCCGGAGCUCCACACAGGAUCGGGUGAGACCUCACAUUGUGCUGAGGUGUGUGCUGUACUCACAUCGUGGUGGCUCCUCCCUCUGCCCGGUCCUGCCUCGCUCACUCCCUUACACGCGUGCCUCCUGGAAGCUGCCCCAACAAGACCUCCGCCCCUGAGGGCUCUGGAUUACCAGGAACGCAAUCUAAGGGCAGCCUGAAGAUGGCUAAUUACACGUCAGCACCAGAGGAUGAUUAUGAUGUCCUCAUAGAAGACAAUCUGAGUAACAACGAAAUAGAACCAUGCACCCCAUACGAGCCCAAGAUUCUCUCAGCCCAGCUGGUGCCUUACCUCUACACCAUGGUGUUCACGGCUGGCCUCCUGGACAAUAUCUUGGUUGUGCUUAUCCUGGUAAAAUACAAAGGACUCAAGCAAGUGGAAAAUAUCUAUUUCCUCAACUUGGCAAUUUCUAACUUGUGUUUCUUGCCCACCCUGCCGUUCUGGGCUUACACGGCCUCACGUGAGGGGGUUCUUGGUGACCCCCCGUGUAAAAUUGUCGUGGCACUCUACUCCAUAGGCCUGUACAGUGAGGCAUUUUUCAAUGUCCUUCUGACUGUGCAAAGGUACCAGGAGUUUUUCCGCAUGAGAAGGCUUUUCUCGGCCUGCAGGAUGGUGGCUGGCAACAUCUUCACAAGUGCUCUGGCGUGGGUCACAGCCAUUCUGGUCACUUUGCCUGAACUUGCUUUUUACAAAUCUCAGAUGGAAAGCCAGAAAUACAAGUGCUUCUUUACCAGACCUCACUUCCUACCAGCUGAUGAGACAUUCUGGAAGCAUUUUCUGACCUUAAAGAUGAACAUUUUGGGAUUUCUUUUGCCACUGUUUUUUUUCGUAUUUUGCUACGUGCGAAUGAGGAAAACACUAAAGUGUGGGGCGAGGAACUGUGACCUUUUCAAGCUUGUUUUCACCAUAAUGGUUGUUUUCCUUCUGAUGUGGGGACCCUACAAUAUUGCGCUUUUCCUGUCUGCUUUCAACGAACACUUCUCCCUGCAUGGCUGUGAGAGUAGUUACAACCUGAACAGAAGUGUCCAGAUCAUGAAAAUCAUCGCCACCACCCACUGCUGCGUCAACCCUCUCCUCUACGUGUUUCUCAACAAGGCAUUUAGGAAACACCUCUGCCAACUCUGCCAUCUGUGCAGUGACACCGCACCUCCACCCACUGAGGAACCUGCCCAAGGCACAUCAAGGGAAGAAUAUCACCUUUCCACUUAAAUGUAAACUAGCUCCUACCAAAGGCGGGAUAAAUAAACAAUAAUUUUUCCCUCA